UCUUGAGUCAAAUCCUCCAAGUCAACAGCCAGUCUAGAUGCCUCAAGGUGAUUGAAACAGUCAAAAGUGGGUCUGGUGCACAGCAGGAUUCGCCAAGACAUAAUAUCACCAUACCUCUCCAGAUCAACACACAAUGCCCCGAUGCUGCAGCUGGACAGCCCUCACCUCCCCCUCUAUCGCCAGAGACUCCGGGUCCACCAGUGACGGAAGACGAUAUCAAGGCCAAACAGAAGAAAAGGCUGGAGCAGUUUAACCUGCGGAUGAGACAGAAGAAUCAGCAAAGAAUGAACGAUACUCGUGACAGUAGGAAGAAGAACGCAACAGGAAAAGUUCCCAAAGUUACCUUUGCAAACACAGAGCCUAGGAACGUGUGGAUCUGUGGCCACUCCCUUAUAUAUUGGGCAGAGAUGAGGGCCAAGUCGCCCGAGAUUGGCAUGCAGCUGGGCAUGGACCCCAGCAGUGUGCGGGUGUGGUGGAAGGGCACACAGGGCAUGACGUGGGCCCAGCUGCUGCCCCAGCUUGACCAGCUGAAGAUCAAGUGGCCCAGCCCAGACGUGGUCAUCCUGCACCUGGGUGGGAAUGACCUGGGCACCCACAACCCUGAGGCCCUUCUGGCAUCUGUGAAGAAGGACCUGACCUCCAUGAGGAGCAUUUUCCCACAAUGCCUGUUGGUCUGGUCUGACAUCUUGCCCCGUAUGUCCUGGAGGCAAACGGAGGACAGCGAAGCAGUGGACAAUGUUAGGGCUGCCAUCAACAGAAGAAUUCACACCAUCAUCGCUGAGCUAGGUGGCACUGCUCUGACCCAUGACAACAUCAUGUGUGGCUCAGACGCAGGCCUGUACAGGCCAGAUGGUGUUCAUCUGUCUGGUAAAGGUAUUGAUACUUUCAACUUGAACUUGCAGGACUUUUUGGAGAAGUGGGAGACCGAGGCAAGCAAUGGUCCUGAGAUGAGUUAAGAAAUGCCCAAUGAAUUUGUUUUUUUAUUGAGGGUGGUUUUAUUUUCAUUUCUCUGUUGUCGUAGUUACCUUACUGUGCUAGAGCGCUGGAUACCAACCUAUGGGUUGAUUUUAGAUGUAAUGUUACUUCAUUGCAAAUAAUACAUUCUGUUAUGGUAGUAUCCACUUUGAUUAAAUGCUGUAUGUAAUCUUUUCUUUUAAGUUUUAGCAUACUGAUGAUUAGCAUGUUGUUUAUCCAUAAAAUGCUAGACUUUUACUUAUUGUAUGAAUUUUGUUGGACAGAAACAAAUAAACUAGAUAAU